CUUAAGGAUUCCUUCUCUUGCCCGUAGUGCUUAAUAUCCUGCUUUUCUGCUAAUGUUUUUGGCAGGGGGAUGUGGAGCAUUGCUGGGCUGAUUGCUCUCUGAGAAGAGCCAGAGUGUUCCUUGGCCUUGUGUUCUGUACCUGGCCAGAUUCAUCCCUGCCCAUGGCAGCGAGCUGUGGUCAGCUCUCCUGCUCCAUCCCGCCACUUCUUGGUAUGUUGGUUAUUUCUGAGGAAAAAGCCAAAUGCACUCAAAGCCAUACCCUGUAAUUUAGGCAGGGAGAGAACAAGGCCAAAGUUACUGUUACUGUGCAAAUGAACGUGGGGCAUCACAAGUACUGGAGAUGUCAGCCCUGUCCCAUUGUAUGGAGGAAGGAGAAGCAAAUAGCAAAUUCCUUCCAUGCUGCCGUUUUCUCCUGUCUGUGACUGCAAGGGGAGCUGUUUCCUGUAGCCAAGAGCCCACCAGGAAGCCGUGCAGUGAGGUUCAGGGCUGCUUUCUCCUGCCCUUUGAUUAUAUUCCUAAAAGCUUUGCACAGUAACUGAUUCUACCUUCUGGCUACUUUGUUUCUCUUACCUAGUCUUCAGCAGAGACUUGAGAGAGCAGCAGAGCAUUGGGAUCGCUGUGUGCUCCAUAAACCCUUAACCAUGAGGAGCAGCCACGACUGCUACUUGUGCACAUGGUGUCUCAGCCGCUGAGCUUCUGCUUCUGCUGUGGAGCUGGAAGAAAGCAGAGCUUGGGCUUGGAGCCUGUUGUAGUUGUGUUAACGUACUGAGCUGUGCUCAGCUGCAAGCCCUGUUGGUUGCUUUGGCAGGUUUGGAUGCCUUGCAUGGCCUGUUGGACCAACCCUUGGCACUUCAGUACAGCUUGCACCUCCACCGCUCUGCAGUGCUACGUGACUUCUGAGCACAGAUUUGUGAAUUUCCCUUUGUUUAUUGCUCAAAAUUAUAUUUACUGCUCGUAUAAAUGUUCAGAACACUGUUCUUGUGGGAUUUUUUUUUUAUUUGCUGAAACUUAGAACCCUUCCUGUGUGGACUGUGACUCAAGAUGUUGCUAUCUUUUUGUACCGAAGGAUGCUUUCGUUUCAGAAUCUAAAAAUUUACUUUGACUUCGUUGAAUGCGUCAAAUUCUAACAAAAUGGAAGCCAAAGCACAGCAUGAAAUAUACCUUUGUCUGUAUUAAUAUGCAUGAAGAUUAGAAGCUUGUGUGUCUCUGAAACAUCAGCAGGGAGGUGAAAUGGAAGGUGAAGCAGUCGAAGCCAUUGUGGAGGAAUCAGAAACUUUUAUCAAGGGGAAAGAGCGCAAAACCUAUCAGAGACGCCGCGAGGGAGGGCAGGAGGACGAGGCUUGUCACAUAGCUCCCAACCAGGCAGACGGAGGGGAGGUGGUGCAGGAUGUCAACAGCGGCGUGCAGAUGGUGAUGAUGGAGCAGCUGGAUCCAACUCUUCUUCAGAUGAAGACUGAAGUAAUGGAAGGUGCCGUGCCUCAGGAAACGGAGGCUACGGUGGAUGACACGCAGAUCAUAACGCUUCAGGUUGUUAAUAUGGAAGAGCAGCCUAUAAACCUUGGUGAGCUUCAGCUGGUCCAAGUACCCGUUCCAGUGACUGUACCCGUUGCCACCACAUCUGUGGAAGAACUUCAGGGAGCUUAUGAAAACGAGGUUUCCAAAGGAGGCCUGCAGGAGGGAGAGCCCAUGAUCUGUCACACCCUGCCUUUACCAGAAGGCUUCCAGGUCGUGAAGGUGGGUGCUAAUGGAGAGGUGGAGACACUGGAACAAGGGGAACUUCAGCCACAAGAAGAUCCCAAUUGGCAAAAAGAUCCAGACUAUCAGCCACCAGCCAAAAAAACAAAGAAAAACAAGAAGAGUAAGCUUCGCUACACCGAGGAGGGCAAGGAUGUGGAUGUCUCUGUGUAUGACUUCGAGGAGGAGCAGCAGGAGGGCUUAUUGUCUGAGGUCAAUGCAGAGAAGGUGGUGGGCAACAUGAAGCCACCUAAACCAACAAAAAUUAAAAAGAAAGGUGUAAAGAAGACAUUCCAGUGUGAACUGUGCAGUUACACUUGUCCACGCCGUUCCAACUUGGACCGCCACAUGAAAAGCCACACUGAUGAAAGACCACACAAGUGCCACCUCUGUGGCAGGGCAUUUCGGACAGUCACGUUACUGAGGAACCACCUCAACACUCACACAGGUACUCGCCCUCACAAGUGCCCAGACUGUGACAUGGCCUUUGUGACCAGCGGGGAGUUGGUGCGGCACCGCCGUUACAAACACACCCACGAGAAGCCCUUCAAAUGCUCCAUGUGUGACUAUGCCAGUGUGGAGGUUAGCAAAUUGAAACGCCACAUUCGUUCUCACACUGGAGAGCGUCCGUUCCAGUGCAGCUUGUGCAGCUAUGCCAGCAGGGAUACCUACAAACUGAAGAGGCACAUGAGGACCCACUCUGGAGAGAAGCCAUAUGAAUGUUACAUCUGCCAUGCUCGCUUCACUCAAAGUGGUACCAUGAAGAUGCACAUUCUGCAGAAGCACACGGAGAACGUGGCCAAAUUUCACUGUCCUCACUGUGAUACUGUGAUAGCGAGAAAGAGUGACUUGGGUGUUCAUUUGCGAAAGCAGCAUUCCUACAUUGAACAGGGCAAGAAGUGUCGCUACUGCGACGCUGUGUUCCACGAGCGCUAUGCCCUCAUCCAGCAUCAAAAGUCUCACAAGAACGAGAAGCGCUUCAAGUGUGACCAGUGUGAUUAUGCGUGCAGGCAGGAGCGGCACAUGGUCAUGCACAAACGGACCCAUACUGGAGAAAAGCCUUAUGCCUGUAGCCAUUGUGAUAAAACCUUCCGUCAGAAACAGCUCCUUGAUAUGCACUUCAAACGAUACCACGACCCCAACUUCGUCCCUGCUGCCUUUGUCUGUUCCAAGUGUGGUAAAACAUUCACUCGCAGGAACACAAUGGCCAGACAUGCUGAUAACUGUUCUGGCCUAGAUGGUGGGGAAGGAGAGAAUGGAGGAGAGACAAAGAAGGGCAAACGUGGCCGAAAGAGGAAGAUGCGCUCUAAGAAAGAAGAUUCCUCUGAUAGUGAGGAAAACGCUGAACCAGAUUUGGAUGAUAACGAAGACGAAGAGGAGACAGCAGUAGAAAUUGAGGCUGAACCAGAAGUUGAGCCGGAGGCUCCUGCACCACCUCCCAGUAAGAAGAGGAGAGGGAGGCCACCAGGCAAAGCUGCCACCCAAACAAAACAAUCCCAGCCUGCAGCAAUCAUUCAGGUUGAAGACCAGAACACUGGUGAAAUCGAAAACAUCAUAGUUGAAGUAAAGAAAGAACCUGAUGCAGAAACAGUAGAGGAAGAGGAGGAAGCUCAGCCUGCUGUAGUGGAAGCUCCAAACGGAGACCUCACUCCUGAGAUGAUUCUCAGCAUGAUGGACCGGUGAUGGAGGAGGACCACGCCGGAUACUGAACUGGCCUGGGCUGUGUUUAAGCGGCUCAAAUCUAUUUUUCCUUUUACCUUUUUUUCUUGGCUUUGGGAAAUGCAUCAUUUUAGACCAUUUUACCAAACAUACUGGGAAAUAAAACUUCAAAAUGAUGUUAGAAUGUGAUUUAACUAGAACUUGCUGUUUUAUGUUAGCAUUACAGGAUCAUGGAACAUUAGGAAAUGCUUCGGAGUCCAUGAGGGUUUCCCGUGAGGUGCUCGAUUGGUUUUGUUCUCAGCUGCAUUGUAAACAGGCUCCUCGGACGGCCAGCUUUACGUGCAACGAGUUUUAUGAGAUAGAAGUGGAAGCCUUGAGUAGAACGUGUGGUAAACCACUCCGGACUUUGCCCUUCCAGAUCCCACAGUCCUUGAGCCUCCUUCUCAGUAGUGUUUUUAACUGUAAAUGCAGACUUGGGAGGGUUCUAGACUUUUUAAAUGUUUUUUGCUUUCCCCCCACUGACUAGCUCUGGUUCUCCAAGUCGGCUGCACACGGUAGUUUUGGCAUGCUCCAACUGGUUUCUGUCCUUUAAUGUGCUUUGCUUUCUGCAAAGCAUUUCUGUAAUGGUCAAGCUUUGUAAAUAACUUUUUUUUUUUUUUUUUUUUUUUUUUUU